AUGCCAACACAGGAUAGACAGAGGAAUACGACGAGAAUCUUUAACACAAAAAAAGCAAAUUGGCAUGCUUUUAGAGACGAAUUAGUAAGACAGCUAAAAGUAAGAAAUAUAGACAAAAACGAGAUAAGUAACAUUACAACCAAAGAAAUAUUAGAAUUGACAAUAUCAAAGUACAUAGACAGUAUAAGACAGACAUGUGAGAAGACAAUACCGUUAAUUAAACAUAAAAUUAAACCAAAAAUCACAUGGUGGAACAAAGAACUAGAAAUACUAAAAAGAGAAAUGAACACAAAAAAGAGAAGGAUACAAUGCGCUGCACCGAGUCGCAGAGGAUGGGUAGUAAGCGAGUUCCUAGAAGCAAAAGCAAAAUACGAAGAAGAAGCGAAGAAAGCCCAAACAGAGAGUUGGAAGAACUUUUGUAUAAAACAAGACCGGGAAAGUAUGUGGGACAGUAUCUAUAGGGUUAUAGCUAAAACUUCGAAAAAAUAUGAAGACCAACCACUUGUGAGGAAUGAAAUAGACAUGAGCGCGGAAGAGUCAGUAAAGUGGCUUGCGGAUACAUUCUUUCCCGAAGAUAGGGAAGAAGAAGAUAAUGCAGAUCAUCAGCAAACGAGAAGAUCCGCAAACAAAGAAGAACUCCCAGAAACCUAUGAGAUAGACCCACCAUUCACAAUAGCGGAGUUAAACUACGUAGUAAACAGCUUAAACCCUAAGAAAGCGCCUGGCCCAGAUGGCUUUACUGCAGACAUCUGCUCAGUGGCAAUAUCCCAGGACCCUGAUAUCUUUUUAAAUAUAGUUAACAAAUGCCUCCACCUGUCACACUUCCCCGUACCAUGGAAGGAAGCAAGGGUAAUAGUUCUGAGGAAACCAGGAAAGGACGACUAUUCGACCCCAAAGUCCUACAGACCAAUCGGACUAUUGUCAAUAUUGGGCAAAGUGCUCGAAAAAAUGUUGAUAAGGAGAAUUAGGUGGCACCUUUUACCAAAAUCCAACCCCAGACAAUACGGUUUCAUCCCACAGCGCAGUACAGAGGACUCCUUGUAUGACUUACUUCAACAUAUAAAACACAAUUUAAAGAAGAAACUUAUAAACGUCGUAGUAUCGCUUGAUAUAGAAGGAGCGUUUGAUAGCGCCUGGUGGCCGGCAAUUCGUUGUCGGCUAGCAGAGAAAUGCUGUCCGCUAAAUCUACGAAAUAUCGUAGAAAGUUAUUUAGAAGAUAGAUUGGUCUGUGUGGCGUAUGCAGGAGCUGAACACACCAAAAAUAUGUCGAAAGGAUGCGUCCAAGGCUCAAUCGGGGGGCCCACAUUUUGGAAUCUGUUAUUGGAUCCCCUGUUGGAUGGUCUGGAGAGGAGGGGGGUAUACUGUCAAGCAUUUGCUGACGAUAUUGUCCUGAUAUUCUCCGGAGAAACAGCCUCAAUAAUUCAGGAACAAGCCAACAAUACCCUGGCAUAUGUGCAUGAGUGGGGAGUCAGAAACAAACUUCGAUUUGCGCCUCACAAGACAAACGCAAUGGUUAUAACCAAGAAACUCAAAUAUGAUACUCCACAUAUGCAUAUGGGAGGAACUGACAUAAGACUAGUAGAAGAACAGAAAAUACUUGGACUUACUAUCGACAGGAAGCUAACCUUCCACAAGCACGUACUCACAAUAUGUCGGAAAGCUGCCAAUAUAUACAAACAACUCUCAAGAGCAGCCAAAAUUGAGUGGGGCUUGAACCCGGCGAUUAUCAGGACAAUAUACGUGGCUGUAAUAGAACCAAUAAUCCUGUACGCGGCUAGUGCGUGGGCUACAGCAGCAGAAAAAAUCAACAUCCAGAAGCAGUUAAAUGUGAUUCAGAGAGGAUUCGCACAAAAAAUGUGCAAAACCUAUCGGACAGUCUCCCUAAAUGCAGCACUGAUCCUAGCAAGAUUGCUUCCUCUAGAUCUUCGGGUUCAAGAAGCAGCCUCUCUUUAUGAAGCAAAGAGGGGUAAACCUCAGGAAAAAAUUGGCUAUAGGGAGAUUGAAGGUAGAAUCUCAUUCCUAAAGGCAGAACAUCCGGCAAGGGAAGUAGAGAUAUCAUUUGAAUACCUGGAAGAUAUGGAGCCCGAAACUUUAAAGAAUCUUAACAUCAAAGGAGAGCAAAUUUAUACAGACGGAAGCAAAAUUGACGGCAACACCGCCGCGGUAACAAAGAUAUUUUUACCAGAUGCAGACCGUGCGUACAGAUUAUUGCAAAAGUUAGACCUCAGCCCUAUAAUAGUUCAGGUAAUUACUGGUCAUGGUGGGUUUGCAAGCUAUCUCAACCGUUUUAAGUGUAAAGACUCUCCAGAAUGUAUUUGUGACUCUGAAAAAGAAGAAACUGUGGAACAUUUAUUAUUAGAGUGCCCUAAAAACAUUGAAAAAAGAUUGAAAUUAGAAAUAAUUACAAAUAUUAAACUCAAAGUAGAAAAUAUAUGUGUAUUAUUAGAAUGUAAAAGGCAUAGAAAUAAGUUCAUAGAAUAUUGUAUAGAUAUAGCAAAAGAAGCGAUAAAUAGAAAUAAGACUAGGUAA